AUGACAAUUCCGCCAGGGUACUCUGUUCUUCAGGGGAAGCCGAUUCCACCUAACUUAGUUUGCAAGCUGCGAAAAUCCUUAUAUGGUCUCAAGCAAGCCUCCCGCCAAUGGAACAUCAAGAUUUCAGGUGUCUUACUUGCUUCUGGGUUUCUGCAAUCAGUUGCUGACACUUCAGUCUUUGUUCGACGCGUUGGGUCCAGUCUUGUUGUGGUUCUGAUUUAUGUCGAUGAUAUUCUCCUAUCUGGCAAUGAUUCUACACUUAUUGAUUCCACCAAAGUUACACUACAAAGCAAAUUUGAGAUCAAGGAUCUUGGGCCACCGCAAUACUUCUUGGGUAUUGAAAUUUCUCGAUCUUCUACUGGUAUUCAUUUGUGUCAGCGAAAGUAUGCUCUGGAAUUGCUAGAGGAAUAUGGUCUGUUGGGUUCGAAGCCUGUUCACACUCCUACGGAUCUUAAGGAGAAAUUGACUCAUGAUUCGGGUGAACUUCUAUAUGAUGCGUCUUUCUAUCGACAGCUCAUUGGUAAACUUAUUUACCUUUCUGUCACACGACCGUAUAUAUGCUUCGCCGUCCAGAAACUCAGCCAAUUCAUGUCCUCUCCUCGUUCGCUCCAUUUACAGGCUGCCUUCCGAGUUCUGAAAUAUCUCAAGUCUGCUCCAUCACAGGGUUUACUGUAUUCAGCCUCGUCUUCUCUAACUCUGAAGGCAUACUCUGAUGCUGAUUGGGCUUCAUGCCCCAAUACACGCCGCUCUAUCACGGGAUAUUGUGUGUUUCUCGGUAAUUCAAUGGUUUCAUGGAAAUCUAAGAAGCAAUCCACCGUUUCUAGAAGCAUCACUGAAUCUGAAUAUAGGGCUCUUGCACAGACAGGAUGUGAACUUAUUUGGAUCGAUUCUUUGCUCAAGGAUUUACACAUUUCCUGUCAGCGCCCCUUUAACAUCUACUGUGAUAAUCAGUCAACUUUGCAUCUUGCCCGGAAUCUAGUUUUAUAUGAACGGACCAAGCACAUUCGGCUUGAUUGUCAUUUCAUCCGCCAGCAUAUCUCUUCCGGUCUUCUACAGCCAUUACAUGUUCGAUCCAAUGACCAAGUUGCUGAUUUGUUGACUAAACCCUUAGUCUCGGAUCAGUUCAAGUUUCUCCUCUCCAAGUGGAGUUUGUACAAAGCAUUUUUGAGAUAUACGAAAAGCAUCUUUUUCCCAAAAGCUCUCUGUGUUCCUUUAGCUCUAAACGUGUUCUUCAAGUUCUGGAAAAGUGUUCUUCGUCUUCAAGUUGCAGCAGGGUAA